CCUGCAAGGUCUCUGUUAAAUGUCCAGAAACCAAACCUCAGAUCGAUGAAGCCUGUUCAAGGGUGUCUAUACAUAUAUAACAUCCACAACAGUCGAAGAAUCUAUAUAUAUAUAUAUAUAUAUGUAUAUCAAUUAAGCUGUAAAUAAACUGUAGUGUUGUAGAGGAAGCUUAGGAUUGUUUGAAAUCAGGGAAGAAUUGAAGAUAAACCAAAGUAACCGAAGGCGUCGUCGCAAUGGGUUUUCGAACCGGUGCAUCGAUUGUGGGAGCCUUUGGUCUGAUCUGCACGGACAUCAUGACGGGGUACGUUAUGCGAGUGCUGAGUACUUAUCUGACCGACGCUUGGGGGCUUAACUUCACUCACUCGGCAGCCAUUGUAAAUAUGUGGGAAGGCUUGGCUAAGAUGUUGCCUUUGGCGAUUGCCCUCAUUUCUUCUUUGUUUCCUAAUCCAUUGCUUGUGCCUAUUCUAUGCACCAUAUCCUAUGCCAUUGGCUGGAUCUUGAUGACCCUGUCGACGCCACCUCUGUUGGCACGAUCCACAGGCACGUGCAGCGACUACCAACCCGACUGCAUCGGGCACACUCAGAAAGUCUUGUUCUACAUAGGAUUCCCCAUGGUCACCGUUGGAAUGAGCAGCAUUGUCGUCCUCGUUGCAUUUAUAUUUGGAGAUGACAAAGAAGAUGAUGACGAAUCGCGAGAGAUGAUCGGCGGGGAUAUCGCAAGUCACCCACUUUUAGGUUUUCCGAAUUAUAUUAUCAACAUUGCCCUCUCCUACAUAAAGCCUUGGUCAGCUCGUUUUGCAAUCCCUUCAUUUUUCUCGGUUAUAUCCGUGUCCUUAUUUUUAUUGGUGCCGUAUAAGGAGAAAGGAGAAAUGUUGUCCGAUGGUAUCGACGGAUUGGCUAAAGAGAGCCCUCUAACGCGAGCCAUGAGAGUCUUGGUAGCCUCGGUUUCGAAGCUCCGCCAUAAACUUGAUGAUCAAACCCGACUUCACGAACAGGGAAAUAGGCGAACCUCAUUGCCCCGUACUCGGGGACUCAGAUUCUUGGACAAAGCCGCCAUCAUAGUGGCCGGCAAAAGCCCGGAGGAACAAGAGAAGCAUAAAUGGACAUUGUGCACUAUUACUGACGUCGAAAAGACCAAACUCGCGAUCCGUAUGGCUCCCUUAAUCCCAUCCAUCAUUCUUUGCGGCGUCAUAAUCUCCAUCGGCAACACCUACUUCAUAGAGCAAGCCAACAACCUCAACCCGAAGAUCGGGAAAUGGAAGACCUCGACAUCCUACCUUCUCGCCGCCUACGAUUCCACAAAGCAAUCCAUGGUUGCAUUCACUUUCCUAUUCCAACUAGCAUCCCCUCGUUCCGGGAUUUGUACAGCGAUGUUUUUAUCAGUGCUGUGCUGCAUCACGGCUGCCAAAGUCGAGCGAAGGAGGCUGCACGUCAUCGCGCGCCACGGCUUGAUUGACAAGCCCGACCAGAGAAUCCCGAUGAGCAUGUACUGGAUGCUCCCGCAGUUCAUCCUUCUCGCCAUGGUCGAUUCCCUACUUGAAGCAAAUGUGAAGUCGUUCAUCAUCAGACGCUACAAAAAGGCGUCGCGGCUGCUUUAUCCACUUCUGUUCGCUCGGGCAAUCACCGGCGCGGGAAUCUUGGGCGGCAUUUUGUCCGUUCAUUUGGCCGGAAAGUUCAGCAAGCGUGUCGGCCGGAAGGUGAAUUGGUUUCAGGAAACACUGAACCGGAGCCGAAUGGACCAUUAUUACUGGGCAUUGGCUGUGCUCUGUGCAGCUAAUUUUGUGCUGUUUCUUGCGCUGUCGUUCUACUUCAAGUGCAGAUCAGGCCGUGAAUACAAAAUCGAAGGUACGUCACAUAAAAAAGAAUCAGAAAACCAAUCGCGGGACAUUGGCGGUGAGGAUGAGGAGAAGCCGGAGACGAUGGAGACGGUGGCGGAAGCUGCCGCGGAGUUCAUAGAAGUUGUGGCCGAAGCUGAAGCAGACGGUGACGAUGAUUAAGACUGCAUUUGUUUUGCAGUUUAUAUAUAUAUAUAUAUAUAUCUUGAAAUUUAUUUUCUGAGCAACUUCACUCUAAAAAUAUGUACUUAAGGGUCGUUUGAUGGACUUUUUUGGUACAAUAGGAUUUAUAUGUGAUGGGAUUUAUUAUAUUCAGGAUUUA